AUGUCGCUCCUCCUGUUGGCGCUCCUGGGCGCGUGUGGCGCCGCCUCUUCCCUGUCCGGCCCUUCCCUGCGUGGCGGUCUGGAGCGGCAGUUGCAGAGCUCAACUGUCCCAAAGUCGGUCCCCGACUCCACCGCCGCCGUCGCGCCGCAAUGCCGGCCUGGGUACGUGGACGUGACCGGGGGUAAGGCGUACUUCUGGUCCUGUGCCUUCUACUGCGAGGGCGGGCCCUACUUCGCCACCACAGGCUGCCUCUGCGCCUGCAUGAGGCCAGAGCAGGCAGAGCUGGUGGCCUCCCAGGGCAAGUUGCCUACCGGCGACAUCGCUUCUGCAACCUCCCCGCCGGGUGUGUUUGUGACUACCCGGCGCCCCGAGACUACAAGAGCACAUGUGCCUGUGCAGGAGACGCCAAUCGGAGAGCUGGCGGAGACUUGGGAGCAGCCAAGUGUGGGCGGGGGCUACAUCGCGCCGCCCCGGCCGAGCACCACUGCAGGCCCUCAAGCUUCGCCCUCCUCUGACGGCUCCUUCAGCCUCACUGUGGCCGCUCUCAUAUGCGGAGGCGUGCUCGUGGCCGGGGCGGCCACUGCGUUGAUCUGCCUGUGCUGGAUGGGGUCCAAGCCGCGCAAGUCGAAGCCCGACUUCCGUUUCGCGGACAUCCCCGCGGUGACCAUCCACACUCCCGCAGAGCAAUGCCCGCAGCCGAGUGGCCCUUACAAGACUCCACACACGCGGACAAGCAGCAAGACGUCGACCGCCUCCACGUCGUCGGCGCGAUCCAUGAUCUCAGGGUCCCGCGCCUCGAGCCGCGGCAGCUGGGCCUCAGGGUACCCCUCGGAAUGGUCGCAGGCGGCCAGUGUCGCUGGGAGUUCUGUGGGCUCAGGUCGGUCCUCGGUCGAGAACACCACGCUGUGGGCGCAGCGUCUGGACCCGGGUCUGUCAGGUUUGGAGCCGCCGCAGCACCUGGCAACCUUGCUGGACUUGAACUUCGCCAGCUACGGCCAUCCCCACCUCUGCGCCAGGCGCUGCGUGCUCAUCGUGAAGGGUGGAGCAUGCCCGUCCGGGGCAGCUUGUCGCUUUUGCCACAUGCAGCACGACGACCAGCCGGUGAGGGCAGACAGGCGAUUGCGGCAGAUCCGGGCGCAGACCAGCGACCAGGUGCUGCUGGCCAGCUACCUACCCUACAUCCUCCGGAAGGCGGAAAUGACAGGACUACUCCCGGUGGUAUCGCAUCUCCUCGAACUCCUCAAGGCAGAGCUGCAGGAGCCACGUCCGCCAACGCUUCCCACAAGGCACCUCCGGCAGUGGAAGAAGUAUUCCUUCAUGCAGCUCGUUCACUCGUGCAUGCAUGAACUUCCUCCUCACAUCGACGCCGAAGUGAACCGACUGAAGUCGAACAUGCCUCCGCCUCGGCUGCUGCACCAACAUUCAGGGGUCUUAUCUUUGGACUUGUAG